AUGACCUCUCCCAUAGAAAUCGCAAGAAUGCUCGGUGAAAUUUUAGUUGCUAACUUCCUUUAUUAUCUCUACACUCCCUCGACAGGAUCUGAUAUCAAGGAUGCAGAGAACCAGAUCGUUGUUAAAAACGAUGCAAGGGACGUACACAUACCUUGCUCAAUAAACACGGAAGGUCAGCCCCAGUCGGACCUUGGUUUGUAUUUGUGCCCGACGAUGGCACAAUGCAGAAGUGAUAGGGACAGAUUCAUAAUCGCUCGGAUAGAAAAAAGAACCGUCUUUAAUUAUUAUCCUGAGGAGUACAAACUUAUCUUAAAUGGAACAUUGAUUGUACGGAAGAUAUCAUCAAAGUGUGACGGAAUGGUGGUCUGGUGCAUUGGACAAAUUCGGUACCAGGGAGCGCGAGAAAACACCACUCUUAUUCAAAUAGCGAGAGGUACGAGUUUGUUUAGGGGAUGGGAUUUGAUCAUAAACAUAAAGUUCUUAUCAUGAAAAAUUACUCUUCGAAUACUAAAUCCCUUUCUUCCUUUUUUUCAUUCGCAAUUGCACGUAGAAGACAAAUAAGUAGAACGCAGGUUGAUAAAAAAAUCUUUUUUUUUUUUUUUCAUAUUGAUUAAGGCUUCCAAAACUUUGUUUUAUAUUUGUCAGAGAGGCCCAAAAUUAGGAUAACAAGUCCACAACCAUUCUUGGUGGUCGAAGGAAUGAAUCUGCACCUAGACUGCGAAGCAAUUGGUUUUCCUUCUCCCCGGGUGAUCUGGUUUCGAAUUCCUGGCAUGCAAAUGCUUCAGAAUCGAACGAAAGAUGAAGCUACAAGUUUAGAGCGAAGAAACAUCACCAAAGAUGACGAAGGAGUCUACAUUUGCACAGCUAAAAAUCCACUAGGAAGUGAUAGCUAUGAGGUGCAAGUAACUGUCAUCGGUGAGUUUUUUAAAAUUCUGUAA